GAUGCGCUGUGACAUGUCGAAGUAGCAAACGCGGGUACAAGACAUCGGGAAAGUGAAUGAGACACGAUGACGGCCAAAACUUUGGAGAAAGUGAACGUCGGUGGGUUCGUGCACCCGGAAAGUGUAUAUUCCGUAGAUGACAUCGCCGGCAGCAGCAUGCCGACCUCCGUGGCUAUCUUCCCCAACACAGACCUAGGAGCACAUUACGACCAGAUCAACAUGGCAGCAGAAGGUCUGAUGAGCGCCGACAUGAGCGCAGAGCGCCGAUCUCUGGACCUCUCAUCCUACUCCAGCGGCUUCUCCCAGCCGCCAUCCCACCGCAACCAAACCUUCACAUACAUGGGCAAGUUCUCCAUCGACUCUCAGUAUCCAGGUAACUGGAACCCCGAGGGAGUGAUCAACAUCGUCUCCGGCAUCUUUAACGUGGCGCAGCCGCCACCGCCGCCGCCGCCUCCUCCUCACCCUCCCUCCUCCUCCGCGUCCUCUUCCCCUGCAUCCACAGGCUCCCCCAAUCACUUCUCCAGCGGAAAUUUGAGUUGUACCAUGGCGGCCCAGAACCAAGCAGACAUGGAGCACCACCAUCACCUGUACUCCCCUCCUCCUCCGUACUCCUCCACUGGCUGCGGGGACGUGUACCAGGACACCUCGGCGUUCCUCUCCACAUCCACCUGUCCCAUCGCCUCCUACCCGCCGCCCUCCUACACCUCCCCUAAGCAGCCCGGGGCGUCAGACGGGUCAGGACUGUUCCCCAUUAUUCCAGACUACCCCGGCUUCUUCCAGCCGGCGUGCCAGCGUGACAUGCACUCUUCUGGCAUCCAGGACCGGAAACCCUUUGGUCCAUGCUCGCUUGAAACUUUCCGCGUGCCCCCUCCUCUGACCCCUCUGAACACUAUCAGGAACUAUACUCUUGGGGUUCCGGGUGGCAUUUCGGAGGGUGGCCCGCCUAGACUCCCGUCUGCAUACAGCCCGCAAAAUCUGCCUCUAAGACCCAUCCUGCGCCCAAGGAAGUACCCGAACAGACCCAGCAAGACCCCCAUACAUGAGCGCCCGUACCCCUGCCCGGCAGAGGGCUGUGAUCGGCGGUUCUCCCGCUCUGACGAGCUGACCCGGCACAUCCGAAUCCACACGGGACACAAACCUUUCCAGUGCCGGAUCUGCAUGCGUAACUUCAGCCGCAGCGACCACCUCACUACGCACAUCCGGACGCACACCGGGGAGAAGCCGUUCGCCUGCGACUUCUGUGGGCGCAAGUUCGCCAGGAGCGACGAGAGAAAGAGGCACACCAAGAUCCACCUGAGGCAGAAAGAGAGGAAGUCAUCCACGGUCUCCUCAUCCUCCUCCAGCGGCGUCAGUGCCACCAACGGAAUUUGCUCUUAAUGCAGGUCGCAAUUGCCACCAACAAGUGCGCACACAGUACAGCUAUGAAUUGGUAACUCCGCGAUCAGCUAAUAAGUAAAUAUCCAGACGAAGAGCGCGUGUCACCGAGGAGUCGUGCGCUUUUACGCACAGAUCGAUUCCUGCUCCAGAGCCACAGACGAUGCACUUUGCCGGCGCAUUCUACUGAACUUUAACUCUCCUCAUGCAAAAAUGAAAUUAGUGUAAUAUAAAAAAGAAUUUCACGGCGCACCGAGGCGCGUUUGGAUGUGAAUUAACUGCAAUAACUUUUUUCAAAGUUUAAGUUAUUGAAGUGUUCUAAUAUGUUGUUGAUGACAAUAUUUCUAAAUUUGAGUGCCUCGUCCUUUUGUACACUGAUAGGACGCUUCUAAUGCAAUUAAUAUUUGUCUAUAAUGUGUUUAAAAAAGCUCUAUUUUUGUACA